CCAGCCCCUGCCAAGAGGCAGCAGCAAGCUGUCCGGUGCCGUGGACCUGGGCCACGGAACCCAAUGAGGUCACAAGGGCUGGCUACAGACAGGAACUUUCUGGAUGUCCAGCCUGGAGACUGCUUAUGACAGAGCGGAUAAAAAGAGUUGGGGCCUGUGACAGAAAGGGGUGCCAGUGUGCUUGGGGGGCGUAUAUAUUCCAGCUCCUCCAGGCAUGAGCCACGCGGAUGGGAGAUGGCCAUAGAAGGUGCUAGAAAACUACACUCACCCAUCUCACCCCGUUUCCUGCUGUGCCCCCCACCCGUCCACAUCAGCCCAAAGACCGCGGUCAGCCCGCUCCCGCUCCCGCUCCCAACAGGCUCCCUGACUGUCUCGAGACUGGGUGGGAACCUCGUCCUCCCAGCGGGUCCCUCGGCGCCCUCCACACCCCGCACCGCUGUCACCUGCCGCCUGAGUGUCCCCCGAGGCAGUGACACAGGAGAAACAGGCACGAUGGACACCGAGUCCUCGGACAGGAGUCCGAACCCAUCGGAAGGCAGCGUUCUGCGCACUGAAAACCUGAGCUACUGGACCACGAGGCGCGACGGCGAGGUGCGGCUCCGGCGGGGCAGGGUCUCGAGUGACCAGCAGGCGCCGCUCACCGUGCACGACAUGGUCAUGCACUCGGCCACACGGUACGGCAACUACAUCGCGCUCGGCACCAAACGCAGGAACCAAUGGCACCUGCUCACCUACAUCCAGUACUACGAGCUGUGUCGCCGCGCCGCAAAGGGCUUCCUCAAGCAGCUGGGCCUGCGGCGCUUCCACACCGUGGGCAUCCUGGGGCUCAACUCGCAGGAGUGGGUGAUCGCCAGCAUUGGGGCCAUCAUGGCCGGAGGCAUCUGCGUCAGCAUCCUGCCCACCACCUCCUCGAAAGCCUACCAGGUCAUCGCCAGGAGCUCUGAGAUAAACGUGCUGGUGGUGGACAGCAGUAAACAGCUGCAGAAGAUCAGCCAGGUCCAGAGCUCCCUGAGGCACCUCAGGGCCAUCGUGCAGUACAAGGAGGCCAUCGAAACCCAGCAGCCCAACCUGUACUCGUGGCAAAAGUUCCUGGACCUCGGCGGCCACAUCUCGGAUGAGAGGCUGGACAGCAUCAUCGACGCCCAGAAGCCAAACCAGUGCUGCGCCUUGGUCUACAGCCUGGUGGCCACGGGUCCCCCCAAGAUCAUAAUGCUCAGCCACGACAACAUCACCUGGACCACGGCGGCCACCGUGCAGAGCCUGGGUUACAAGCACCCGCCCAGGGGGCAGGAGGUGCUGGUGAGCUACCUGCCGCUCAGCUAUGCCAGCGCGCAGAUCCUGGACAUGUGGGUGGCCAUCGCCGUGGGCGGCACCCUCUACUUCUCUCCUCAGGACGCCGAGAAGCUGGGAGACAUCCCGCACCCGCCCGGAGCUGGCUACCUGACGGACCUGCUGCGGGAGGUGCGGCCCACCACGUUCCUGGCCACCCCGUGGAUGUGGGACCGGAUGAUGGACGGGCUCAGGACCAGCCAGCUGGCGUCCACGGUCCUGCGCCAGCGCAUCGACGCCUGGGCCAUGGACGUGGGGCUAAGAACCAACAAGAAGCGCAUGUUCGGGGAGCUGCAUUCCUCGCUGAACUUCCGCCUGGCCAAGAAGCUGACCUUCAGGCGCGCCCGGAAGCUGCUGGGCCUGGGCCACUGUGAGAGGUUUCUCAGCACCGGUGUGGGGCUGUCCAGGGCCACGCUGGACUUCUUCCUCAGCCUCGACAUCCCCAUCUACGAGCUCUACGGCCCGUCCGAGUGCACGGGCGUCCACUCGCUGGCCACAGGCCAGGACUUCCGGCUGCUGAGCUGUGGGAAGGGGCUCCCCAGCACCCGCACCAAGGUGGUCGAGGAGGACGAGGAGGGCAUCGGGAGCAUCAACAUCUGGGGCCGGCACGUCUUCAUGGGAUACCUCGGCGACCAGGAGGCCACCGUCAAGAAGACGGACGGCUACGGCUGGCUGCACUCUGGCGACCUGGGCUUCCUGGAUGUGGAUGACUUCCUCUACAUCAAGGGCAACAGUGGGGACAUCAUCACGCUGAGCUCAGGGAGGAUGGUGAACCCGAACCCCAUCGAGGAGCGGGUGAAGGAGCACAUCCCCCUGGUCCGCGGCGUCCUGGUGGUGGGCCAGGACGCACCCCACCUGUGCGCCCUCCUCACGCUCAAGUGCCAGGUGAACUGGGAGACGGGGGUGCCCCGCAAGGCACUGACCAGCGAGGCGGUGGCACUGUGCCGGAGACUGGGGAGCCAGGCCACCAGGCUGGAGGACAUCGUCCACAACAACGACCCGGUCAUCGCUGAGUUCAUCCGCAAAGGCAUGGAGGCCGUGAACGCCGAGGCGCCCUCUGAGAGCGCCAGGGUUGUCCAGUGGGCCGUGCUGGACACAGACUUCUCGGUGGGCGGCGGGGAGCUCGGAGUCACCUCGAGACUGAAGAGGGCGACUAUUUUGAAGAUGUACCAAGCCGAAAUCGAGAGCUUCUACAAGGACUAGGGACACCUCUAGAGGCCAGGAGAGGCCCUGGGCAGCUCUGCCCCUCACGGGGGCCUUAGGAGGCCCAGAUGCGGCCUUUUGACCCUGCCACCACGGCCACAUGACAUCGGGGGACCUGUUCCCGGGGGACAGUGGCCCUGUGGGGACUCUGGUUGGAAGCAUCAAGCCCCUCUUCGGGCUCUGCCUUCCAGCAGGAAAGAAUAAUAAAAUCAGCUCCCUGAAGCGGGUCCUCAGCCCGGA